GUUGGUAAGGUACAUACCCCGCUGCAGAUAGGAUGGACUCGGCAAUGUCUCCCGGAUCAACUUCCGCCCAGUCACUGCAGAAAUACUCCAAAGUAAAUAGACAAUUAAUCAUAUAUGGAUGUUUCCUCGCCAUUCCGGUACACCCGUCCCUCGUUGCAUGCGAGCGCACGAGAAGUGGAAAAGGGAGGAAGGAGGAGGAGGAAGCACCUUGAUUUCUACACACGUACCUCACAGUACGCUCACGCUUACCGCAUGCGCAGCAUUGUCUUCGCCGCCAUACGGACGACAGUCAGAGAGAGAAACACAAGACAAACAGACAGCCAGGCCGGCCAGUCCAGAAACACCAACACUAUCACAGGCGCCAGCCCUCAAACGGUGUCAACGAUUGCCGAAAGUCUACAAGACCCCUGAGCCCAGUCGCAUUGCUACCAUCGCCCCAGCCAAUCCGCACACUCUCUCCCGCCGCCGUUGUGCGCUCUAGAGGCUGUAUCACCCACCAAAGGAUCAGGUCGUCCAGCAAGAAGACGCACCAGCAGGCAGGGGCAGCAGGGGCCCCUUUCUCUCGUCUCUCUUGCUCUCGCAAGUCCGCUCGGCCGCCCGCUCUCCGGUUAAUUCUGUCUCUCACUUUAGUUCCAUCGUACCCAUCCCUUCUCGACCACCAUUGACACUACUGC